AUGGCAACCCCCAGCCACACUGGUACCAGCCAUUCACUCUUCAUUCUGCUGGGGAUCCCUGGCCUGGAAGACCAGCACAUAUGGAUCUCUCACCCCUUCUUUAUUUCUUACCUUGUUGCUGUCCUUGGGAAUAGCCUCCUUGUCUUCAUCAUUGUCACUGAAUGCAGCCUCCAUGAACCCAUGUACUUCUUCCUCUGCAUGCUGGCUGUGGCUGACCUCAUCUUGUCCACUACCACUGUGCCCAAAGCCCUGGCCAUAUUCUGGUUCCAUGCUGGAGAGAUUUCCCUUGAUGGCUGCGUCACCCAAAUCUUCUUCAUCCAUGCCACCUUCAUUGCUGAAUCAGGAAUUCUGUUGGCCAUGGCAUUUGACUGCUAUGUGGCCAUCUGUGACCCACUGCACUAUGCCACAGUGCUCAGUCGUGAAGUAAUCAUAAGGGUUGGUCUGGCUGUGGUCCUGAGGGGCUUCUCUGUGAUACUCCCAGAUAUGUUCCUGGUGAAGAGACUACCUUUCUGCCAUAGCAAUGUGCUACCACAUACCUACUGUGAGCACAUGGCUGUUGCUAAAUUUGCUUGUGCUGACAUUCGUGUCAAUGUCUGGUAUGGCUUGUCUGCUCUGCUGUCUACUGUAGUGAUAGAUGCCUUGCACAUCUUGGUUUCCUAUACCUUUAUCCUCAAUGCAGUCUUCCGCCUCCCUUCCCGAGGAGCUUGGCAAAAGGCCCUAGGCACAUGUGGCUCCCAUCUUGGGGUCAUUUCCAUGUUCUACUCUGGCGUUUUUACCAUAAUUGCCCAGCAAUUUGGGCAUCAUGUUCCUCCUUAUGCCCACAUGCUGCUGGCAAACAUCUGCAUGUUAGCCCCUCCUAUGCUAAACCCCAUCAUUUAUGGGGUAAAGACCAGGCAGAUUCGAGAGUGUGUGGUUAGUACUUUGUCUUCACAGUGGGAACACUGCUGA